UGCGAGUUGGUGCACGAACAAGUGAGAUCUCUUCAGUUUAUCGAGUCCAAAAAAGAGGACGAGGCCCUCGUCCUUUCUUGUUGUUGUUGUUGUUGUUGUUGUUGUUGUUGUGCGUACCAGUGAAUGUGUGUGUGCGUGCGUGCAUGUGAGCGAGUGAGGGGUUUUGACUGCUGCCUCUUUCUCCUGCUCCCGCCAAUGGUACUGCUGUUGCAGCUGCUGACUCACUCAGGUCUUCAACCACAUCUGAACUUGUGCGUAUUUGCGUCAGAGAUUCCUUAAGAUUCUCCAUCUAGUAGCUGUAUACAUUUGAAUAUCGAAAAAGCGAAUCUUAUAUGUGAAUUUAGGCUGCAUCCCAGUGUUGAUAACGAAUGGUGCUUGUGAUAGUGAUCCAGUAAGGCCAUAACUGAAAGAGUGCGGUGUUAGUGGUUCUGCAAAAACGACAACGUUAUAACUCGUCAAGUCAUUGCCCACACACUUCUGGGAAGGAAAGAACUGGAAUAGCAAGAGCAAGAGGAGGAUGAGCCGAGGUCGGAAUGGCAAUUUGUGCUCAACUGGAUUGUAACCUCGAUCAUCGGCGGGUGUUUCAGGCCCCCAGAAAACCCAUGUCAGAUGCCAUCAGUUCCCAUUGGAGACCUCCUGGGCGACGACGGUGGCGAAGGAGGCUAACAAUCACCACAGCAAACCCAACCAGCUACGGCGACGGUGUAGCCAACACCAUCAACAUCCCCAGGGUUACCAAGCCACCAUCCUCUCAAAGUGUCAGAAGUUUAAGGAAAAGACAACCCUGGCGGAUCAGUUGGCAGAUGGGAUUGUGGGCUUGUCUGUUGAUUGGCAGUCUCUAUGGACCACUCUGCUUCGCCCACGAAGAGACUCUUGGCACAACUGUGAAGCUACAAACGUCAGAUUCUACUGUAACUCCCCCCACUCUCACAAGUCCGGCCGACCACCGAAAUGGUCGAAGUUCCAGUUCCAAUUCCACUCAAAUCAAAUUUGACAACUCUGAGUGGAUCCCAAUCACCGAGGCAUCCGCGGACCAAAUUGAGAUUAGCAGAGAAAAUUCAACCGCCUUCGGGGAAAAGGUGGCUGCAAGUACCCCCAGUAGUCAACUCAUUUCCAAUGAACCUGACCUUUUGGGAUCAUCGAGUACGGCGAGAUUGUCCUCAACCACUACCACCACUAAAGCCACAACCACCAAGAAAAAACCCACCCCAUCUCUGGUGGUAGAGUCUGACCUUGUGUCGGAACUGGAAAUUACCACGGCCAAAUUCGAGAGUGGGAAAAUUGACACCACUAAUCUUCCUGGUGAGGAUUUUGGCGAGGAUUCUCCCACGGCAUUGCGAGUGAACCUCGAUUUGGAGGAAGAAAACGAAGGUGGCGUGGAGGUGGAGAAAAUAAUCGAAGACGCAGGCGAUGAAGGCUCGACCAUUUCUAGAACCCCAAAAGCCUUUUCGGAAGCCGCAGAGGAUACGAAUGACGAUGGCGACGGCGAGAAUGAAGGGCCACUUUUUGGACGCAGGAUCAAGUCAUCAUACUCUCCAUCGCCUUCAGGGAGAGUCACGGCCGUUAAUCUCCGAACUUGGAAAGAAACGUCCACUUUAGACCUAAAUAAUGUGUCACUCAAUCGACAAAGGAAAAUUCAACCGUCUGUCUUGAGGGAGCGCAAGAUUUUCUUGGGGGCUCAGAACACCAAUAGGAAUUCUCCAAUUGGGACCAGAAGGAAAUUGGAUGACGAGAACAAUAGACGGGUUAGAAACCGUUUGGGAGAGUUUCCGACCAAUACAGAGGACGAAGAAGAAGAGGAGCAAAUCGAUGGGGAUGAUGAUUUGGAGGUCGAGACCAAUAGGGCAGUCAUUCGUUUGGUCUCAACUGUGUCCCCCAAGCCCUUUACUCAAGCUGAAUCCAAAGACACGACCGCAUCACUGAGUGCGAAAUCAGAGGCACCCACGGAAUCAUCUUUCACAGCAACAACGACCACGACUGCCCCAACCACUUUACCCACCAUUAGAAGUACUGAUGCGGUAGUAGAGGCAUCCAGAAAGUUACCCACCAUCUCCAUUGUCAGUGGGAGCUUCACUGGAGGCCGGAGAUAUUCCACAACACUCAAAACCACAAUCAAAGCCGCAGAUGUGGUCGAAGGUCAGCAAUCUACCAGUUACGGUAAAAAGAGAACUGUAGUGAGGAGGCUACCCAUUUGGAGCAAGCCUACUAAUGAGACUCCUCCAAACUCGACUGCGUCUUAUUCAAGGGAGGGUGGCCAAGUUGAAAAGAUGAAAACCCGCAUGAGAUUGAAGGACUCCUCAAUUGGUCACAUUCAGAGUAAAUUUCGAGCCAAUCCUCCUCAUCCCACCGUGGGCUCUUCCGCCGAGACCCCGGGCUCAGCUGCUCCCUCGGCUGUGAUUUUGAAGGACCUUAAAAUGUUGCGCAGAAAUCGCAUGCGCUCCAGGAUCACAACCCCAAGGGCUCCCACAAUACCAUUUUCCAACGAGCCAGACCGAGUUCCACGAAGGCCCGUGGAAUUACAAACAUCUGAGGGUAUAGAAGCAACUACAACGUCAACGACCACUCCAACAAAUUCUUCCACGCCUACAACUCCCUUCACUACUGUCGCAACAUCCACCACCACCGCAUGGAAGACUCCCAAGACUACAGCAAGAACUAUUAGCACUACUACAUCAAUGACAGAGGCAACGGUAACUGUGCCUUCUUCAACUACAACCGCAAAUGUAACCACUCCAAUCCCAAUCACAACCACGACCUCCUCAACAUCCACUAUCUCACAGCCUGAGUUGUCAACGUCUUCACCAGGAACAAAAAAAAACAAUAUGUUCGGACGUGGUGAUUUCGUUCCUGGGCCCCACAUUACAACCUCAUCGGGAGAGGUAAAUGCAAGUGAAUCGAAAAAUGACCAAGAAAGGCCACAGUCUCAAUCAGAUCUGGAGAGACAGGAUGGCAAAGCUAAGGUCGAUUCCCAAAGACCAGACAGCAUGAGGGAGGACCUCAUGGCCGCUAUUCGAAGAAAAAUAUCUGAAAAACGAAUUUCGUCACUAACGGACCAACUUGGGUCGGAUUCCAGGAACGAAAACUCCGAACGAAUCCCAGCGUCCAAGACAAAGGCUGAUGAACGGGAUGCGAAUUCUGUAAGAUCAACCGAACUUCCGGACAUUUAUCGACCAAUCCAGAAGCCGGAUACAACUUCCCUGCGGGCAGAUCCCAACUUUAGAGUCCCUCAAAAGCCUCGGGUUCAAUUUUUUUUGCGUCUUCCGAACCGAAAACCGGGGUCUGCGCCGGAGAAAAUAACUCACUUGUCCCAUAUCCAGGGCAAACUGGCGCGAUUGAACGCAGCCAUUACGGAGGGAUUAGCCAAUGAACGGCGAGAGCAGGAGUUAGCCCGACGCAGAGAAAGGUUCAAGGCCAAACGAAUUCAAGAAGCAGCGGAAUCUGAGCCUGAGAUAAGCAGAAACACGUUUGUCAAGAGUAACUCCAACGUGGUCUUGUCCAUUGGGCAACCUAACCCCAAUGAAGAAAACGCUACAAUAUCCCACACCCCCAGGUCUAGGGUGACCACUUCGACAAUGUCAUCGCCAAUAUCGUUGAAUUCGUCCCCAAGAAGCAUUUCCAGGGUCAUUUUACCGCCCAUGGAGAGAGCUCAUUACCUGGACGUAUUGAGGGAGCGGACCCGGGCCAAAAUUGCAGAAGAGACAACCAACACCUCCGUUGACCCUACCACUGGUACACCGGAAACCACAAUGACCAUGAUCAAAACAAGCACGAACACCCCAACUACUACCAUUACUACUACUGCAACAACAACUACCACUACUACUUUUACUACGACAUCAACAUUUACUACUUCUACUAGGUAUAUGUCACCCAUCACAACAAAUACCCAAAAGCCCAAAAGAACAACGGCCAAGUCGGUGAAGACCACGUCAAGGGCCACAAUGCCUCCGGUGCCCGUGACCACUCAAAAGAUUUUCGAAAUCCCCCCCAAUGUGGUCAAAGAGCAUCCCUCGUCCCAUUUCAGGCCUCAAGAGGCUUUAGAGAACAAUGAAUCAACACCAUCAAAUAACUCGGAUGAAGGGAUGAUGGUUUAUGCCAACAGCAAUUCCACUGCCACGGUUGGAGAAAGCUCAUCUGAGGCCAUGAUGAAUGAUAUUACUGGAACCACCAUCUACGUGGUUUGUGUCCUUCUCAUCAUUCCCUUGGCUGGUCUAGUCGCCUGGGGCAUACGAUAUGCCGUUAGGAAGAAGGACUUUUCAAAUUUGGAGAGUGGAUCGGAAACGGGUCUGAACUGUCCCAUUAAUGACGAGGAUAUGCUCCAGAUCAAUCAUGGGAAGACCAAUCCGGCAUUGAACAACAACAACAAUCGCACAACCAAUGUGGACGACUUUGAUGAUGAUGAGAUCGCCUCCAAUGGCGAGAUCAGCCAGCUCGACCAUGCUGAGGUGUCAGAAAUUCUAAUGAAAGGCCCUUGGCAAUACGAUCGGCAAAACCUGAGACUCCUCACAGUCUUGGGAGAGGGAAACUUUGGGAAGGUAUGGAAAGCUGAGGCUGACAAUAUCUGUGGUUAUGAGGGAACCAUUUUGGUGGCCGUGAAGACUGCUAAAGAGGGCGCCCCUCAGAAGGAGGUCGGGGAUUUGCUUCAAGAGAUGAAAAUAAUGCAAACAAUUGGGCCUCAUCCGAACGUGGUCACGUUAUUGGGCAUUGCCGUAGAAUCGGAGCCAUAUUUAUUGAUCAUGGAAUACGUGAUGUAUGGGAAACUCCUCCAACACUUGCGUGACCAGAGAUCCAAACAAACAAACUUUUUUCAAUUCUCAUCCGCCGAGCAAGGUGUCGACGAUCUGGGCACUUUGCAGGCCAAGGAUCUGACCAAGUAUGCCUAUGGCGUGGCCAAGGGUAUGGAAUAUAUCGUGUCCAAAGGGAUUAUCCAUCGCGAUCUGGCGGCACGAAAUAUCUUGAUCGAUCAUAAGAAGGUGUGCAAGAUCUCGGACUUUGGGCUUUCCCGUAACCUGAGCGACACUGGAAGUGAGAUGUACGAACAAAAGACCAAGGGUGCUCUACCCAUUCGAUGGAUGGCUCCGGAAUCGCUCUACUUCAGUGUAUUCACGCCCAAAUCCGACGUGUGGAGCUUCGGAAUCCUCAUGUGGGAAAUUGUCACUUUAGGGUCCACUCCUUAUCCCGGAAUGGGUGCCAGGGAGGUGAUGCGACGCGUUCGGGAUGGCUACAGAUUGGAACGGCCUUCGCAUUGCCAUCCGGACCUGUACAAGAUCAUCGCCAAGUGCUGGUCCGGCGACAUGAACAAGCGGCCAGAUUUCACCGAAUUGCGACAGGAACUGGCCAAACUGCUCGAGGAUCAACAAGGCUAUAUUGACCUUCAAAACAUCCCCGAGAACAAAUACUAUAGUAUGACUCAGAACAGCAACGAGGAGGAGAAGCUCUAAAGAUUGGCUGGCGGCUUCUUCCAUGAUCCCUGGAGCCAUUUGGCCCGGGCCUGCAUGACUUGUCAAACGUGACCCCCAAUCCAAUCUGUAAUCGAGAUGAAAGAUGAAGCGGAGUGUGGAAACCACUGAUCCAAGAAGCUCUCGAUGUCCUUUUAGACGCCAAACCUCCCUCUUCUUUCACUGGGCCGUUUCAUUUCCUAUGAAGAAGAUCAACCCACUAGCCAGUCAGCCAUCAAGCAUGAGUGCCGGCCAGCUAGCUUCGAAUUACCAUACGAGCUCAAUGAACUGCAAGGGAAGGGCAGGAAUGUCAAAUCAAUCUGUGAUGAUAGCUCCACUGCCAUAAGGGGGCUAUCUAGUCUCAUCAUUCUUUUGUAAAUACUACAUGCUACAUUCACACAUCCAUUCCACAUACCAGAAGGUGUGCGCACACACAUCCAUCCAGUCACAAUCAUGAAUAUAAUUGUAAAACAUACUUAUAUUUAUACAUUGCCCAGUGCUCAUGGUGUCGUGCAUACAAUAAAGAUUCUUCUUAAAUAAAGAUUGAAAACUGA